AUGACGACGAUGGUGGAGGUUGUUAUAACGACGAUAGUGGAGGUUCUUUUAACGACAGUGGUGGAGGUUGUUAUGACGACUAUGGUGGUGGUUGUUAUGUCGACUAUAGUGGUGGUUGUUAUGACGACGAUGAUGGUGGUUGUUAUAACGACGAUGGUGGAGGUUGUUAUGACGACUAUGGUGGUGGUUGUUAUGACGACGAUGGUGGUGGUUGUUAUGACGACGAUGGUGGUGGUUGUUAUGUCGACGGUGGUGGUGGUGGUUGAUAUGACAAGGAUGGUGGUGGUUGUUAUGACAACGGUGGUGGUGGUUGUUAUGACGACAAUGGUGGUAGUUGCUAUGACAACGAUGGUGGUGGUUGUUAUGACGACGAUGGUGGUGUUUGUUAUGACAACAAUGAUGGUGGUGGUUGUUAUGACGACGAUGGCGUUGGUUGUUAUGACGACGAUGGUGGUGGUUGUUAUGACGACGAUGGUGGUGCUGGUUAUGACGACGAUGGUUUUGGUUGUUAUGACGACGAAGGUUGAUGUUGUUAUGACGACGAAGAUUGUGGUGGCUGUUAUAACGACGACGAUGAUGGUGAUUGUUAUGACGACAAUGAUGAUGGUUGUUAUGACGACGAUGGUGGUUGUUGUUAUUAUGACGAUGAUGGUGGUGGUUGUUAUGACGACGAUGGUGGUGGUUGUUAUGACGACGAUGGUAAUGGUGGUUGUUAUGACGACGAUGAUGGUGGUUGUUAUGACGACGAUUGUAAUGGUGGUUGUUAUGACGACGAUCGUGGUAGUGGUUGUUAUGACGACGAUGGUGGAGGUUGUUAUGACGACGACGAUGGUGGUGGUUGUUAUGACGACGAUGGUGGUUUUUAUGAAUGAACGAAUGAAUGAAUAA